UACUUGGAACGUAUAAAUACGGUGAAUUUUCUGAUUGUUAGCACAGUGUAUCUAAGACUUGCACAGAAUCAAAAUCCUUUAGCGUCACUUUCGAAAUGAAGAUGUUCAUCGCUCUGCUAUCUCUAAUUCUGGCCGUCGCUGCCCACGGAUCCUACGUUCCAUCGGCUUGGCCUUCGCAUUUUAUCGGCUGGAACUCCUGGAAUGGCUGGAACGAUUGGAACGGAUUGAACAGCUGGGAUGACCACAGUUCGGUUGCCUGGCCAGCGUAUGGAAACUCGUGGUCAUCUGCAGCGUGGCCAGCGGCUUCCCUUUACAAUAAAGGCUGGAAUGGAUGGUACGCACCAAAGACCACCGUCGUUCAGGCUAACGUCGCCAAAGUGAACCCAUGGGGACUUCCCUGGGGAUCAUACGGACAUGGCUACAACAACUAUUUGGGAGGAGUGCCGGCUGCCAAAUACAUCGCUGCCAAUCCAGGAUCGGUUCAUGUAGCCCCCCUUGUUGGUCAUGCUGUCAACCAGAAAUUGAUUGUUGUUUAAUGUGAAUGUGAAAACCUAAUAAAGUAUGCUUGAAAAAUGUUCUUGAUUCUCAA